GCGUCCCAUGGCAUGCAAUGCGCUCGGCACUGUACACUUUGCGCAGUACAGUUUAUUUCUUUGACUAAAAGAUAGCUUGAUACAUUAAUCUACCGCCUUAUUAUUGCUCUAUCUGUACUUGGAUUAGGGAGCCAUCAACCUCGUUGCACUGCUUUCAGACGUCCUCUUUGACUUUCAUCUUCCAUCUCCAGAAGAACGCUGAGGGCUUCAUAUUAUCGACGUCUUCUAGGUUUUGGGUUUGGAACAAUGCUCACUUUGGCAGACGAACCAUCAGACAUCAAAAAGCCUCUCGACGACUCGCCUUACACAGACAUACCCUCCGCUGAUGUCCCUCCUCCAUACAGUCCCUCCGGUCGCGAUUCUAUUUCAUUAUCUUCCGUUUUAUCCACUGCCGGUCCCAGUCGCCCACGUGCUCCAAUCCCGACUUCGCCAUUCUCCCUCGCCUCCGCCCGUCCCACUUCCCUCGCCUCCCAACCUCCUCCGUCAACCACAAUCCAACGCAAAUGGUUCUCCUUCCUUCCUACCUUUUCCAAGCCACCACCCGAACUUCUGUCGACAAUCCACUCCCUGCUUCGCGAUCUCGUUCAGCGCCCUACCUCGGAUACGUCCGAAACAUUCAUCAGCAGUGUCCUAGCGAGUUGUAAAGAAGCUUGCGCGUCUAACGGCAUCAAUUUCUCAGAGGUGUUGCAGGAGAGGUUCAUUGAGGAGCAUGGGGUUGUUUACUGGGCUAUUGUUAAACGGCCGAGGGCACGUGCUGUAAGCAGGAGAGUAGAGACAGGCAAAGCGAGGGCAGAGGGCGAAGGUGAUGGAGGUGGACAGGAGGAGGAGAUUGAUAUGGUUGUGUUUCUACUCGCGGAAAUGACUCCUAUUCUACCACACACGAUCUCCGAAGUCCGUUGCGUGUGUAUGGUCAACUCUGACCAUUCGACCUUCACGUUGAUCAAAUCGCGCUUUCCGAAAUCAUUCGCGCGUCUCUCCGGUUCAGACGAGAUCCUACUCAGCCAUGGGGAAGACUGGGAUAGUGCGGGUGACGUCAUCGAGGUUGAGGAGGCAGCUGGAGGAGGAGGUGAAGGUGGAGGUAGCGGUGGGGAUGCUGAUAGGGCGUUUGUGGUGAGAUUCGAGAUCGUGAAGUUUCAGUUGAGGAUGAGGGUCUCGAAGGUGGUGAGAGUUGAGUGGAUCGCGAGAGGCAGGAUGUGGUACCUCCGCUUCUCGGCACCACCCUCCUCCUCUGGACCCUCUCCGCCCCGCGUCGCACUCGGUCUCUCCGACGGAAGUCAACCAACCUAUGUCGACUCCCGUCUCACAAUCUAUCCCUCUUCCCACCCGAAUCCGAUCUCCUCCUCCAUCACAGCGAGCAUUCCCCCGAAAACCUCCAGUGGUGGCAUGCCAGGCUCCUACCGUCCUACCCCAUAUUCCACGACCUCUACCUCUACCUUCGCCGGGCCAGGUUCUAACAGUCCUCGUCCACCACAGAACUUACCCGAUAUAUCGAUCCGAAUGCAGUCACCGCGUAAACACCUGCUCGGCGAACCUAUCUCCGACACCGCUCCCUAUUCUUACUCUUCCGCGGCUGCUGCGACGAAUGCAAUGUCACGAUCCAAAGCGAAGGGGAAGAUGAGUAUGCAUAAUGGAGCGAGUGCAGGCUUUGAACCGGAAGAGGGAGGAUACGAAGUUGAGGUGACGUUGGAUGAGCGUGUGCUCGAUGGUGCGAGGAAUGGUAGGGCGUCAGGUUAUGUCGAUGAGCAUGGAACGCUGAGGGGGAUGUUCGAGGCCAGACUGGUCAAGUAUAUGAGCGACGAUUGUGUCAUCUGUUGAGUCUCGAUCUACUAUCUCGUACGACGUGGCCUUUUAUUUCUUUCUGAGGGCUUGGUAGACCGUCUAUCGAGUCUGUUUCGUUGACGCAAUGGUCUUGUAUCUGUCUCGUACGCAAGGACUAUAUAUGCUCCAUCUUACUCAAUUACAGCUCUCUCCGUCGAUGCUUCUAUACUUCCUCCUACGCGUCCCGCCUCUCCGAAUCAUCACGAACACCCCACAUCAC